AGCUUCCCCUUGCGGCCAUUACACCUUAAUAGUCAUUAGAAUCUUUUUUUGAAGUUGAAAUUCUCAGAGAGAGAUAACAGAGACACAGAGAGAAAGAAAAGAUGGCAGUUGGGUUGAUGGAAGUGCUGCUUGUGAAUGCAAGAGGACUUGGAGACACAGAUAUCAUUGGUCGCAUGGAUCCUUAUGUUGUAGUGAAAUACAAAAGCCAAGAGCACAGGACCAGUGUCGCCAGAGGACAAGGAGGCAAUCCGGUAUGGAACGAAAGAUUAAUUUUCAGGGUAGAGUAUCCUGGGUCUGGCGAGCAGUAUAAGCUCACCUUUAAAAUCAUGGAUAAGGACACCUUCACUCGUGAUGACACUGUAGGCGAAGCAACGAUCUAUGUUAAGGAGUUACUGGAAUUGGGUGUGGAGAAAGGAUUUGCUGAGAUAAAUCCUAAAAAAUAUAGUGUGGUUGCUGCGGAUAAAAGUUUCCGUGGAGAAAUCCAAGUUGGUGUAGUUUUCACCAAGAAGGCAGAACCGGAAUUUGGGGGACAAGCAUUUGGAGGAUGGAAGCAUAGUGAAUCAUAUUCAUAGGGAAAGAAACACUACUUGAACUGAGGUGUCCAGAGAAAUGGGCUGAUGUUGCCAGGCCGAUCCUUUGUUGCAGACUUGUAGUUACUGUUGUGGAGCUUUUGCUCAUUGAACCUCCGUGUAGUUGAUCCUUUCUAUUUUGAUACACUUGAAAUUCGUCAGUCAGUUGUAGUCUACUGAUUUUUCAGAAUUAUCGAUUUCGUGUUGUA